UAACUAAAUUCUACUCAUAUUUAUAUUUUUAUCGUUCGAGAAAUAUACAUAAAUAUUAUCUAAUUUAUAUUCAGACUCAAAACAUAAGAUCUAUUCAUUUAAAGAUUAAUUGAAACAUAAUAAUUUAAAUAUUUUCUUUUAGUUAUCAAAAUCACUUGACGAAACAAAAUAUUUAUUUGUUGAUACACCUGAUAAACUUAAAAAAAUGAUAGAUCAUAUUGAAAAUCAAUCUGAAUUAGCAAUUGAUUUAGAACAUCAUUCUUAUCGUUCAUAUCAAGGUUUUACAUGUUUAAUGCAAAUAUCAUCACGUACAGAAGAUUUUCUAAUUGAUACAAUUGUAUUACGAGAUGAAUUAAAUAUUUUAAAUAAUAUUUUUACAAAUCCAAAUAUUGUUAAAGUUUUUCAUGGUGCAGAUUCUGAUAUUGAAUGGUUACAAAAAGAUUUUGGUCUUUAUAUUGUUAAUAUGUUUGAUACACAUCAAGCAGCACGAGAACUUAAUUUACCAGCAUUUUCACUUGCUUAUCUAUUAAAAUCUUAUUGUGAUAUUGAUGCUAAUAAACAAUUUCAAUUAGCUGAUUGGAGAAUAAGACCUUUACCAGAAGAAUAUCUUCGUUAUGCUCGUGAAGAUACACAUUAUCUUCUUUAUAUAUAUGAUUUAUUACGUAAUAGAUUAAUAGAAAAAAAUAUUCAAUUUCUUAAAACUGUUUAUGACAAAUCGAAAAUGAUUUGUCAAAAACUUUAUAAAAAACCAUAUUUUGAUGAUAAUGCAUAUCAAAAUAUUUAUUUAAAAUCACGUAAAACAUUUAAUAUUCGACAAUUAGCUGCUUUAAAAUCUCUUUAUUAUUGGCGCGAUAGAAUUGCUCGUCAAGAAGAUGAAUCAACUGGAUAUGUAUUACCGAAUCAUAUGCUUCUUCAAAUUUCAGAAAUUCUUCCAAGGAAUCAAAAUCCAGACUCUUCUUCUGUAUGA